UAUUAUUCUGCCAAAGCCAGUAGCGUCGGAGGACGGAGAGCAGGAGGCCGAGCAGAACCGCACACUCUCACCAUGGACUUCCGUCCGAACCACUCCACCAAUUCCCACUCCUCCUCUCCCUCUUCCUCCUCCUCCACUCCUAAUCCCCCCACCACCACCGCCACCACCACCACCACCACCAUCGCUAGCGCCGCCGACGCCGACCCCAUGCACUCCUGGUGGGAGUCCGUCUCCAAAGCCCGCUCUCGCAUCCACGCCCUCUCCUCCAUUCUCUACCAUUCCUCCAAUUCCAAUUCCAUUUCCAAUUCCUCAUCCUUCUCCUUCUCUUCCCUCGCCGACUCCGACCGCCCGGCUCUGUCUCUGCUCUCGUCCCACGCCGCCUACUCCCUUCUCUCGUCCGCGCUCUCCGAGCCACUCUCUGGAUCCGGCUCCGACCCGCUCUGCCAGUGGCUCUACGACACCUACCUCUCCUCCGACCCCCAUCUACGACUCGUCGUCCUCUCCUUCCUGCCUCUCGUCUCCGCCCUUUACCUCUCCCGCGUCCACUCCUCUGACUCCCCUUCACUCGCCGGCUUCGAGGCCGUACUGCUUGCCCUCUACGCCGCCGAGACCAAGGCCCGCAACGGCAAGCCUCUCCUUAUCUCCAUCCCCGACCUCUCCCAACCCUCCCUCUACCACACCCCUCGCCGCCUCGCCAACAACAACAACAGCAACAAUUCAAGACCCUCAGUCGGGGUUCUCUCGCCGCCUCUCGAGCCCCAGGUCGCCGUUAAGUCCACGAAACGCGCCUGCAUCGUCGGCGUCGCUCUGGAAUGCUAUUACAAGCAGAUCUCGCAGAUGCCCAGCUGGUCCAAGCUCCAGUUUUGCCGAUCCGUGGUGGCGUGGGCCGGGCAGGACUGUUCUUGUCAAAGAGAGUUCGAUAGGUAUGAAGAUGAAUUCGAAAACUGUACGUCGUUUUCGGAUGGUGAGAUUGCGAUUGAGGGUGUGGCCCAAGAGAUGGACAAGAAAUUGAUGAUUGAGAGAAAUGGGGAGAAUUCGGAGCCCAAUGGGACGAGAAUUCCGCUGCCUUGGGAGCUAUUGCAACCAGCCUUGAGGAUUUUGGGGCAUUGUUUGCUGGCUCCGUUGAAUUCCCAAGAUGUUAAGGACGCGGCAGCCUCGGCGGUGAGGAGCUUGUACGCAAGGGCGUCACAUGAUUUGGUUCCGCAGGCGAUCUUGGCGACACGGAGUCUCAUUCAGCUCGAUAAGCGGGCGCGGACGGCUGCAAAGGUGGAGGCGGCAGCAGCAGCCAAUGCCAAUGCAUCUUCCAAUGCCAACACGCCUAGCAAGGCUAAGAAACCUGAAAUCCUGUUGGUUUCCAAGUGAUUGGGGAAGUGGUGAUGUGCUUUUCAGGUAAUGGUUGUUGUAUAGUUAAGUUGAAGCGGUUGGAAAGUAGUUUGUGUAGGUUAAUCUUGUAUUCCAAAAUCAGUGUUUGUAUUUGUACUUCUUAGUGAUUGUGUUUUCUUAAGUGAAAAAGUUUACUUGUGGACGGGUUUUCUUUUGUUGUAUUGUGAUGUUUUUGAGGGAAUUGGUGGAAAUGGUUCUUAACACAGCAUGCUUGUGUGGUGCGUGUUUUCUCUUUUGAAUUGGUGUUGUACUUGUUAAGAAUGCUGAUAUUUGCUGAAUGAACUCAUUUUUUUAUACGA